CACCCGAAACCUUUCGCUCACAAGUCAAGAGCCGCCGCCGCCGCCGCCACGGGUUCGGUGGUACCUUUUUUGUUGUUCAGUCCCCUCAAAAACCUUUUCGGAAGUGUUUCAUGCCCCCCGUCUCUCUCUGUCUCCCCAUGCGCUGUUUUCCGCCACAUUACGCGUGUUGUCCCAUCCGAUGAGAUUUUUAUUUUUAUUAUGUCUAAAUCAUCCGUUCCAGACAAUGGGGUCCAGACUCUCUUUUUUCAAUGGAAGAUCAUCGCAGACACCCUCAAAAAUGGCCAGCCACUCGAUUUCUGGGGACAAAUUCAUGGGUCAUAGUGGCCGGUCGGGUAGCGCGGGGGGGGUUCAUAUAGAAUGGAGAGUGCAUCGAGAUGUGAAUCUAUGCCCCAUACUGACCCACCCGUCUAUCUAUCUAUACCUCAACCCAAGCUCACCAAAAAGGUCAAUCAACCGACGUUGCGUUUCAGCCACCUCCUCACCCAAGAAAAAGGUCCCCGCGCGCGCCAAUUGAGGUUUUGAAAGGACUCAACCCUUUCAACCCUAGCCCCCCCUUUGCGUGUGUUGUGUUGUCAUUCUCUCUCGACUCACAGCCCAACCUCUCACUAGAAGGCGACGACCAAACCGACUCAUU